ACCGGGGGCGCGUCGAGCGGGGAUGCCUGGGGGUCUGCUCCCUGGAGCCGCUUUCCCCCUCAGGGCUGUCCGCGGUUUUCCCUCGCUCGUUAUUUUCCGGGAGGGCGUGUUGUGGCGCAUUAGGGUUAUUCCUCGCCGGUCCCUGCAGGUCCCUGAAAGGACCGCGCCCGGACACGCAGGGGCCUUGGGCUCCGGCCGGAAGUCCGCGGGCGGCCGCUCCGCGGCGGGCCGGUGUCUGCGCGCAGCGUGCGCGGCCGCGUGGGCCAUGGGGCGGCGGUCGCGGGGCCGGCGGUUCCAGCAGCAGCAGCGGCCUGAGGGCGCGGAGGACGGCUCCGAGAAGCGCGGCGGGGCGGGCUGGGAAGGUGGGUACCCCGAGAUUGUCAAGGAGAACAAACUGUUCGAGCACUACUAUAAGGAGCUCGGGAUCGUGCCCGACGGCGAGUGGGACCUGUUCAUGGACUCCCUCAGGGAGCCCCUCCCGGCCACUUUGAGAAUUACUGGUUAUAAAAGCCAUGCAAAAGAGAUUCUCCAUUGCUUAAAAAACAAGUAUUUCAAGGAAUUGGAAGACCUGGAGGUAGACGGGCAGAAAGUUGAAGUUCCACAGCCACUGAGUUGGUAUCCUGAAGAACUUGCCUGGCACACGAAUUUAAGUCGAAAAAUUUUGAGAAAGUCUCCACAGCUGGAAAAGUUUCAUCAGUUUCUGGUUAGCGAAACUGAAUCUGGAAAUAUCAGUCGUCAAGAAGCUGUUAGCAUGAUCCCACCACUGCUGCUUAAUGUUCAACCUCAUCAUAAGAUCCUAGAUAUGUGUGCAGCACCUGGCUCAAAGACCACACAAUUAAUUGAAAUGCUACAUGCUGACAUGAAUGUCCCUUUUCCAGAGGGAUUUGUUAUUGCUAAUGAUGUGGACAACAAGCGCUGCUAUCUGCUCGUUCAUCAGGCCAAGAGAUUAAGUAGUCCCUGCAUCAUGGUAGUAAACCACGAUGCUUCCAGCAUACCGAGACUCCAAAUAGAUGUGGACGGAAGGAAGGAGAUUCUUUUCUAUGAUCGAAUUUUAUGUGAUGUUCCUUGCAGUGGAGAUGGCACUAUGAGAAAAAACAUUGAUGUUUGGAAAAAGUGGACCACCUUAAAUAGCUUGCAGCUACAUGGCUUACAGCUACGGAUUGCAACUCGGGGUGCUGAACAGCUGGCUGAAGGUGGGAGGAUGGUCUACUCCACAUGCUCGCUGAACCCCAUUGAGGAUGAAGCAGUGAUAGCAUCUUUACUGGAAAAAAGUGAAGGUGCUUUGGAGCUUGCUGAUGUGUCUUCUGAAUUGCCAGGACUGAAAUGGAUGCCUGGAAUCACACAGUGGAAGGUAAUGACGAAAGAUGGACAGUGGUUUGCAGACUGGGAUAGUGUCCCUCACAGCAGACAUACCCAAAUUCGACCUACCAUGUUCACACCAAAGGACCUGGAAAAGUUACAGGCAAUGCACCUGGAGCGGUGCCUUAGAAUAUUGCCACAUCAUCAGAAUACUGGAGGGUUCUUUGUGGCAGUAUUAGUGAAAAAAUCUUCAAUGCCAUGGAAUAAACGUCAACCAAAGCUCCAGGGUAAAUCUGCAGAGACCAGAGAAACCACACAGAUGAUCUCUGCAGAUGCCGCAGAAGGGAAACCCACAGACACUUCCGAGCUGGACAGUCAAUCAGUCACUGGAACUGGUGAUCCAGAAACAAUUCAGACAACCGAGAAUUUAGAGAAUAAUGGCAAUAAGAAAGAUGGCGUGUGUGGUCCUCCUCCAUCAAAGAAAAUGAAGUUAUUUGGAUUUAAAGAAGAUCCAUUUGUGUUUAUUCCUGAAGAUGACCCGUUAUUUCCACCUAUUGAAAAAUUUUAUGCUUUGGAUCCUUCAUUCCCAAAGAUGAAUUUGUUAACUCGGACUACGGAAGGGAAGAAAAGGCAACUCUACAUGGUUUCUAAGGAGCUGAGAAAUGUGCUGCUGAAUAAUAGCGAGAGGAUGAAGGUUAUUAACACAGGGAUAAAAGUCUGGUGUCGAAAUAACAGUGGUGAAGAGUUUGAUUGUGCUUUCCGGUUGGCGCAGGAGGGAAUAUAUACGUUGUAUCCAUUUAUUAAUUCAAGAAUUAUUACUGUGACAAUGGAAGAUGUUAAGAUACUGUUGACCCAGGAAAACCCAUUUUUGAGAAAACUCAGCAGUGAGACGUAUAGUCAAGCCAAGGACCUGGCGAAGGGCAGCAUCGUGCUGAAGUAUGAACCGGAUUCUGCGAAUCCAGAUACCCUUCAGUGUCCCAUUGUGUUAUGUGGAUGGCGGGGAAAGGCCUCAAUUCGAACUUUUGUGCCCAAGAAUGAACGGCUUCAUUAUCUCAGGAUGAUGGGGCUAGAGGUGUUGGGAGAAAAGAAGAAAGAAGGGGUUAUUUUAACAAAUGAGAGUGCAGCCAGCUCUGGGCAGCUGGAGGACGAGGUGAGUGAGGAACAGAGAACAGAAAAGGCUGACAGCCCAGACACAGCGCCAGGCUGUGACCCGGCUGGAGCUGACCGGUCCCCAUGAGAAGGCUGAGGAAGCCAGGGAGACACCCCGCAUACAUGAACUGCCCUCCACCUUGGUCACUGGUGUCCGAAGUCGUAUCCAGAACUACUUCUGACCUGAAAGGUGUGUAUUUUAAAAGACCAAAAACUGAUGGGAUGACAGGGGAAGUCUUUGAUCAGUACUGCUUUAACAUGGAACUUUUAGUAUUUUUUUCACAUCGUAGAAAUUGAUCGUUUUAUUUUGUUUCUUGGGCCAAGCUGGGUCUAGUGUGUCUCUUGCUGGUAAUAGACUUUCACCAUUAAAGUCAUGCUUCUGUCAAGGAAUGAAACUGCCCUUACAGAAAUUUCAGGUCCCUUUCAUUAUGCUUAUAUUGGUCUUAAGGUCCAGUAUUUCUAAAAAUUAUUUAUAGAAAGAAUCUAUAACUCCUUAUGAAUUCUUGGAAAGUUGUACUGUAAGCUUUAAUAAUUGUAUGAGUCGUACAUUUGAGUGCGACAGAACAUGCAGUGGGUUAAUGUCUGAGGCCUCAGAUGACUUCUGUGCCUGUUGUAAGAAAGGGUAAAAAAGGCUGUUCUUAGAGUAAGAGCUGUAUUGCAAAGUGUGAUGCUAAUUAUGAGGGGUCUUAUGUGCUUUGUUAAAUGUAGUGCUUUGCAAUUUUAUUUUUAAAUGGGGUCUGGGAUGUUUAAAUAAAAGGGUUAUAUUAAAUAACGUG